AUGCGUUACUAUAUACGGAUUCGCGUUUGGCUAUGCACCCCGUCGCUGAAGCUGAGGUGUGCGCACGGACUGUGUUAUCCACAGAAGACUUUGGAUGAUAGCUCCCAUGUCGUCUUCCGGAUUCGAAUUCGUGGAGCCCGUAGGCAUGCAGCGCACGCCAAGAAUCAUAAAUGUUCGCGUAGCCUUGGCAACACUCGGCGUCACUUUCCAAUACUGCAGCGCAUCAUUGAGGAGCGCAUUCGCCGUCCAAUUAACGCAUUACGUCUGGUCAAUGCGCAGUGGAUCGUUGGGGAGGACAAUCACCAUUAUUACGAAAUUAUUCUAAUCGAUCUCAAUGCCAACAGGAAUCGCAAGGCCUACCAGAAGAAAUGA